UCGCACUUCACACUUCUCAAAACACAUUCCUCAUUUAUUCCUUCAUUUGGCCGUACAGGCAUGUCCUACUACCCUCCCAACCAACCCGGCUACGGAUACCCUGCCUACCCGCCUCCACAGCAAUACGCCGCCGGUGUCCCCGUAGGGGGAUACCCUCCUCCCAUGUCAGCCCCAGCCCCGGGCGGAUACCCUCCUGCUUACCCUCCUCAGGCGCCCCCGUCAGGCGGCGCUUACAGUUAUCCUCCAGUGGGUCUUCCAGGAUACCCCCCAGCUGUACAGCCCGCCGCACCCUACGGAUACUCAGUGUCACAAACUGCGCCUGCACCUGUGCAAGCGCCGUAUGGGUACCCUGCUCCUGGAGCAGCACCCCCAGUUGCGCAGAUGCAACAUGCACCGACCAUGGCAUCAAUGCAGCAUGCUCCGACAAUGAUGGCACCCGCUGGACCGAGUUACUUCCAACCUGCGGCAGGAAUGAGUAAUGUGCCGACGCCUCAGCAGGACGCGGAGACAAUCCAUCAUGCGUGCAAGGGAUUCGGGACGGACGAGAAGCGGGUUAUCGGUGUUGUUGCUAACAGGACGCCAGAGCAUCUGAUGAUGGUGUCUUCGGUGUACAGGCAAUUCUAUGGACGAGAUUUGGUCGAAGUGUUGGAUAAGGAGACCAGUGGGCAUUUUGGAAGGACCCUGCACUAUCUGAUCCUCCCACCUCUCUCCCUCGACGCUGAGCUUCUCUAUAAUGCUUGCAUUGGAGCGGGGACCAACGAACGGUGCUUGAUCCAGAUUCUACUUGGAAGGACAAACGCAGAUAUGGCUCAGCUCAAGAGCAUGUUCCAAGCGAAAUAUCACAGGUCGCUUGAGAGCGUUGUCAAAUCUGACGUGAGCGGAUAUCUCGAGAAACUGUUUGUCGUUGCUAUGCAGGGCAUGAGAGAUGAAAUGGGGCAUUAUCAAUACAACGUCGAGGCUGAUGUCCACAGCUUGUACAAGGCUGGAGAGGGCCGUCUGGGCACCGACGAGUCACAUUUCAUUCACGUCCUUUGUAAUAGACCCGAUGCCCACCUGCGAGCCGUCUUUCAGCAGUAUCAGAUGCGAUACAAGAAAAAGUUCACGAAAGUCAUCAAGAAGGAGUUCUCAGGCUGGAUCAAAACCGCCCUUUGCUACCUUGUCAACUGGAUAAAUAGCCCUGCGCACUGCAUUGCCAAGAACUUGGAAAAAGCCAUGGAGGGCAUGGGCACGGAUGAUCAGUCGUUGACGCGCUUGCUUGUCAGGAACCGGACCCAACCCUUCUUGAACUCGGUUAAGGCCGCAUACCUUACAAAGUACAAGCGCACGCUGCGCGAUAGAAUCAAGGGCGAAACCAGUGGAGACUAUCGCCGCACACUACUUGCGGUUAUUGGCGAGCCAGAGCACUCUGCGUAAAAAUGGAAAUUUAAUAUGGUUCUGUUGUGCAUUUCACUCUGCUGAAUUUUAUUAUAUUCAGAGUAGUUUUCAUCCAUUUUGCUGCUUGAAUAAAUAUUUUCGCAUAAAAGAAA